AUGUCGCUACCCUUCUUCAUUGGCAAGAUUAUAGAUACUACGAAGGAUGACGAUGAUGACGAGGAUAAAAAGACAGUCAAGGCCAAAGAGCCGAAGAAAAUCUUGGGUUACACAGAACAGGAAUUCUACACCGGUCUCGGAGCCAUCCUAAUAUGUGGAAGUCUUUUUAAUUUUGGCAGAAUCUACCUACUUAGAUCUGUAGGCGAAAAGAUGGUUGCGAGACUAAGGUCACGACUCUUUGCUAAAACGCUAUCGCAAGACUCAUACUUCUUUGACGUGGGCCCAACAAAAAAGGGUAUGAGUACAGGUGAUCUAAUUUCACGUUUGUCUAGUGAUACGCAAAUUAUCAGCAAGUCAUUGAGUGGAAACGUGAGUGAUGGUGCUCGAUCUCUUAUCAGUGGUAUCGUGGGUCUCUCCAUGAUGUGCUGGGUGUCCUGGAAACUCUCGCUAUGUAUGAGUUUGAUGUUUCCACCGCUCAUUCUACUGUCCACGUAUUUUGGACGUCGAGUCAAAGAGCUCUCGAGAUCAAUCCAAAAUAGUUUAGGUGGCAUGACUAAAGUAGCUGAGGAGAAGUUCAAUGGGCUAAAGACUAUUCAAAGCUUUGCGCAACAAAACAAUGUUACGCGUGAUUUUAACGUCGAAGUGAAACAAAUCUUUAACAAAUCGAUGACAGAAGGGAAGUUGAGCGGUAUAUAUUACUCCACGAACGGCUUUGUGGGAAACAUUACUCUAGUCGGCCUCCUCAUCAUCGGAACCAGACUCAUUAGCACUGGCGACAUCACCAUUGGCGACCUUUCGAGUUUCAUGAUGUACGCCGUCUACACCGGAUCAUCAGUGUUUGGGCUUGGUAACUUCUACACUGAAUUGAUGAAAGGUAUAGGAGCUGCAGAGCGAAUCUUUGAGAUGGUGGACCUGAAACCACGCAUCCCUAUAAGCAAAGGCAUGAAGGUGGAUGAUCUACAUGGAGAUGUGGAAUUUCGCAACAUUAAGCUUGCCUAUCCCUCAAGACCAAAUGUGCCAGUGUUUAGUGAUCUAUCCUUCAAAAUCAAAAAAGGAGAGCAUGUUUGUUUUGUGGGACCUAGUGGAAGUGGUAAGUCUACAAUUGCGCAGCUCCUACUCCGCUUUUAUGAUCCAGAUGCUGGCGAGUGCCUCGUCAACGGCUACAAUAUUCGUGACUUGAACUUGAAUUUCUAUCGUAGCAAGAUAGGUUAUGUUCAGCAGGAUCCAUUAUUGUUCAGUGGCACAAUCAGGGAAAAUAUUGUCUUUGGUAAAAGAAAUAGUACGACAGAAGACAUUGAAUGUGCGACGAGGCUCAGCAACGCAUAUGGGUUCAUUCAGGGAUUUCCAAAGGGCUUGGAGACUGUCAUCGGACCCACUUCUAGUGGCAGUGCACAGCUUAGUGGCGGUCAACGGCAAAGACUUUCCUUGGCACGUACAUUGAUCAAGAAACCCGAUAUACUAAUUCUUGAUGAGGCUACGUCGGCUCUAGACUCGAGAUCUGAAGAGAUUGUCAUGAAGAAUUUAGAUAAGCUUGCCGCUGAGCAGCACAUCACGAUUAUCCUGAUCGCGCACCGUCUUUCCACUAUCAAGAAUAGCGAGCGAAUCGUUGUUCUCAACAACCGUGGAGAAGUCGUUGAAGACGGCAAGUUCGACGCGUUGUAUGCUGACGAGAACAGUCGUUUGAAUAAGUUGUUGAAGAGCGACUUGUUCACCGAAGAGGUUUAA